AUGGUGCUCAAUCCCACCUAUCUAGCGCAGCGGACGCGAUCCUGUAUGUUUAUACCUACCCCGCGCUAUCCUCGGGCAGGCAAUAUCGCCCCGCAAGGUCCCUUAUUCUGUUGUAUAAUCCCGCUAACGAAGAGGGAAAUAGCUGUCAAUUGGCAAGAUGCAAGACGAAGGGUUUUGAAAUCUUACCGGGAAUGGCUGCGGGCGUCGCCUGAAAUCCAAGGCAUGUACUCUCUCAGCCUCCCCGUCUCCGCCAUCCGUACAAAGAUACGCCAGGAGUUCGAACGUCACCGAUACGUGAACCAAUUACCCGUCGUCGAUGUAUUAUUGUUCCAGAGCCACAGCGAAUAUCAAGUACGUUUGGAGGUGUUUUUGUUGUUGUCGUAUUUAAAUGGAAUGUUCUCAAGGGACACGGGUGUGGAUUCUGAUUAUGACACCCCGGAAAUCGGCUAG